AUGAACGUCCAAGCAUUGCAUCCUAAUUCGAAGCGAAUACACAUCGGAGGUGAUGAGGCGGCACAUAUUGCUGAAGACGAGAGAUGUAAAGCUCGCUUGGCAUCAAUGGGUGAGCCGGAUCGAAAAAGAGCUGUUGAAAAGCUCAAAUUAGCCCACAUUGCAAUUACGGCACGGUUGACGCGAUUAUUGGGAUAUAGAGAGGUUUUCGCUUGGAAUGAUAUGUUUGAUAAAUCGAUGGUUGAGGACUUGCGUGAUUCCGGUCUUGGAGAGCUAAUAACUCCAGUGGUUUGGGGUUAUAGGGUUGAUGUUACCGCUGAAGAUUAUUUCCCUAAUGGGCUUUUUGAUAGAAUCUCUCAGGUUUUUCCAAAAAUCUUCUUUGCCAGUGCCUUUAAAGGAGCUCAAUCUCAAGGAGAAAAUUUCAUUGAUCUUGAGAGAUAUCUCGAAACUCACCAAUCUUAUGUUAAGCUGUAUAGAAUGCAUAGUAAGGUAGGUAAUUGGCUUGUUACCACUUUUAAACUAUAUCAGUUGAACAAGUUAUUGUUAUUGUUGAGCCUUGAGGGUCGUGUAGGUGGCAUUAUCCUAACAGGUUGGCAAAGAUAUAUGCAUCAUGCACCCCUAUGCGAGUUGUUGGCCAUUUCCAUACCUUCACUUAUUACUGAUUUGGUGUAUCUUGAAGAUGUUGAGAGAACUACGGAUAUGCUGUGGAAAAAAAUCCAUGUUGGUUUGAAAGCCGUGUUUUUCAAGGAAGUUAAUGCUCUUAUUGACGUUCAGAGGCUGCUUAAAUGCCCUGUACAUAUGAAUACAACCAGCUCGCCUGUUGUAAUUGACACUUUCACCUAUAUCCCCCACAAAGAUGCGUAUCUGAAGGUUUGCGACUUUAAAGGCAAGGAGUUGUUCAAACUGGUAAUGGAGGAUUUGCAUAUGUUAAAUUGGAAAGUUAGUCGUUUACGUUAUAUAACUGAUAGAAAAAAUGAACUGAUGGCUGAGAUUCCGGAGUUAGCAAAGAAGGUUCUUAUAAGUUAUAGCUUCUUUGUUUUUCGUUUGAUGGAUGUGGUACUGAGCAGAAAAUUAAGCCGAAAUUCUUUUUCUGCUAUUUUCUGUCGUAGUAAGAGUUUAUUGGGCGACAUUUUUCUCCGAAAUUAAUU